AUGAUCUUCGAGUCUGUGAAGUAUUAUUUGGCGUCCUGCCUUGCCGCUUCACGUCAACUGGAGCUGGCUACGGUUCUGGAUCGCAAUGGCGGGUCUCAGGUGGAAUCUAUUGAGGACAACUCGCUCACACAUGUCAUCACCAACUCUCCGCAUUUCGAUGGCGCACACAAAGUCAGGCAGGGGGCUGCUAUUGUGGCGGAUAAAUGGGUGGAUCGCUGCAUGCAGCAGGGAAAGCUCCAACCCACGUCGAUAUAUUCCCCUGACCCGGCCAUGCUCUUCUCUGGCGUCGUCGCAACCUCGACGGGAAUCUCUGCCACCGACGUCGAGGUUCUCGCAGCUGGAAUCACCGCGCUCGGGGGGCAAUGGCGGACAGCGCUCACCCGAGACAUCACACACAUCUUUGCGGUACCGGGGGUAGGGGUCGCCUCAGACGACGACGCGUGCGUGCCGGAGCCGAAUACCAGCAAAUACCACAUGGCGAAGCACGCGCAGGUGCAGGAGCUCUCGAUGAAAAUCCUGCUGCCACACUGGUUUGAUGACGCAGUGCGCUUGGGGACGGGGUCGUUGCCCACAGAAGAGUACGAGUGGCCAGAGCCCAAGAUAUUGAAGCCCUCGCACACGAAAGAUACGGGACUGCAGAUCACGAAGGACACAAAGAAGAUGGAGCGAACGCCGGCAUCGAAACGCGCGCUGAUCCGCUCGCAGCUCUGGACGCCAGAUGCCUCUACACCCAUGCCUAAACCUUCGAAGAAUAUAUGGGGGUCGCGCAGAGUCCUUCUCUCUUACACUAUCGGGCUUUCCCCAGAGCGUCAGCUGACACUAGAAUCCAGCAUUGAGCGAGCAGGAGGGGUGGUGGUGAGGAAACCAGAGUCGCAGAUGGAUCUAGACGAAGACGAGGAAGAGACGAUCCUAGUUGACGAGGCAGACGUCUUGAUAACUAGAUAUCGAGCAGGCAAGGCGUAUUUCAAGGCCCUGACUUCGCAUAAAAUCAUUGGGUCUCUGUCGUGGCUAUUCCACGUUCACUCGUCUGCAAUCCUCUCACCCCCUACUGAUCAACUAUUGCACUAUCCUCUGCCGCGGCGGGGUAUCGACGGGUUCUCUUCCCAUGAAAUCUCGAUCACGAAUUACACGGGCGAGGCAAGGGAGUAUAUCAAGAAGCUGAUAGAGACUAUGGGGGCCACGUUCACGCCGAGCAUGACCAGCCGGAACACAGUGCUCAUCGCCGCAUUCAUCUCAGGCACCAAGACCGCGAAAGCGCAAUCGUGGUCGAUCCCCAUCGUUAACCACACGUGGCUGGAGGACUGUUUCGUGCGCUGGCGGCACCUCACGGUGGGGCUGGAGAAGUACAUCGUCUUCCCCCCGAACGUGGACUUCGCGAAGAUGCUGUGCGAAAGGUCGUUAGGGAAAUUGCGCGAGAUCGAGGGCGGGGUGCUCACGAUUGCGGCGGCGGAGGGCGAGCAGGCGGUGUCGCUGGUGCAUCAUCUAGGCGUGGCCGGGGUAGGGCGAGGGAUGGAGGUGGAUAUAUGGGCUGGGGUUGAUGAGAAGAUUGAUGGGGGCGCGAGGACGUUGGUCGAAGGACGCGCGGCGGAUGAUACGAGCCCCAAGAUAGCGCGCAACAAGGAAGGGACGACGAGUCUGGUGCCGAAUACGAGUCCGAUGAGCAAGAAGGGCGAUGGAACUGCGGCGAGACGGAGUCCUCGGAAGGCAGGCCACGCUCCCGCCGGUCCGCCGCCGGCAACCGCAACCAGCGCGCGCGACGUCAUGGAGAUUUCGAACGAACUCGCCCCCGAGGGAGCGACGUCUGAACCCGAACCCGAACCUCAGGCUGAACCUGAGCCUGAGUCACCUAGCCGUCGACUUUCCCGAAAGCGCAAGCGCCGAUCUGACGGGCGCGACAGCCCUGAGCGGCCCCCUUCGCAGAUUGAAUCAGCUUCUCCACCGCGACUGAGGCAGAAGCUCGUGUCAUCGCCGAAGGAGCCUGCCGUCGCCAACGGUAACGAUUCUGCUGAAGACGAAGACAGCGAUUCCCUUCCUGAGGUGACGACCGCGCUCGGUAUCAACAAGGCGCCGAAAGACGCAGACAAUGGCGACGUCGUGAUGGCCGACGAAGAGCGAGAGGACUCGCCCAUCCCCAUGCCCCGCAAGAAAUUGACACGUCGGAGUGGAGAAGGCAUCGACCUCAGUCGACUCGGCAUGCCCAUCUCCCCCCAGAAAUCCCCGAAUAAGGCAUCCCCGGUGGCUGCACAGGCGAGUCCUCGCGUGACGAUGGCGAGCAAGAUGCGGGGUUCCCCUGCAAAGGCAGCAGCGGCAGUACCCAAACUGGGGCAUGAGGAAGGCGAUUCGCGGGACGACGAAGUGCAAGCAACCACGAAAACGAAGCUGAUGGCGAAGUUGGCGAAACCGCCGGCUUCGUCAGCAACGCGUAUACGGAAAGGCAAGGCCAAGAAACGAAUAGCCGAGGAGGAGGAGGAGGAGGAGGAGGGGGAAGAAGAGGAAGUGCAAGUUGUAGCGGCGCGCAGUUCUAAGGGUCGUACUUACACGGUAAAGGCCACCACCAGCCGUCGCGCACCCAAACCAGCAAGGGAUGAAGGCGACAGCACUACUGAGCCCCCCGAAGCUCCGUCAAAACCCUCGCGAACAGCGAAAGCGAAAGCGAAGAAGCCGGCCUCUCCAAUAGAAAUCGACCCUCCAGAAAGCGACGCCGUCGAAGGAGAGACGGUGACAAUACUUGAGUCACCGCAGGUGAAAACGACGAAGAAGGGCAAGCAAGCGCAGACUACUAAUUUGCCUGUUCCGGACGCUGGGGGGUCGCGACGACUUGGUGAAGGCAAGCCGCCCGCCCCUGAUGAGACCAACUUCGACGUCGACGAUAGAGACGAUGGUGGCAAGCCUACGAAAGUCCUCAAGCGGCCGACUCCGAAACAGAGGGACGCGGUUGUGGAGGACGACCUGGAGCGACCUGACGAUACCUCGGUGAUAUCUGGACGCUCGAGGAGGACAGCAGCAGCCAAGGCAUCCCAGGUUCUACACGAUACAAUCAUGCCGGACGUCAACAUGUAUCAGAAGCAUAUGUCCCGGUCGCGCAAGAGUGGCUCAUUGCCUAACAACUUCCUACAGGAAGAUACAAGGUCAAGAGCAAGUACACCGUCGGAGCGUCCGCCAAAGGCCAAACGAAAAGUCGAUCUUGAUGCGGAACCACCCACUAACAGCAACAAGCCCAAGCGUGGGGCUAGCAACACCAGCCCCUCGAAACUCUCCGCAAAACGGUCAAGGAAUAUACGCCUAAUGACUACACAAGUGACGCUAUCUGAUAGUGUCGUCAAGCGCCUGGUCAAGCUGGGAGUGAAGAUGGUUGAGAAAGCCAGUGAAUGCACGCACCUGCUAGCUCCUCAUCUUGUGCGAACCGAGAAAUUCCUUUGUGCGAUUGCAGUCAACGCCUUCAUUUUGAAAUCGGAAUGGGCGACCGCCUCAGCGGCAGCAAACGAACUCCUUCCGGAAGAAACCUACUUCCUUGAAGAUGACGCUAACGAAAGGAAGUACAAUGUCAAACUUGCCGACGUCCUUCUUCGUGCAAAAUCCAACCAAGGACAACUCUUCGCGAAGAAGACAUUUCACGUUACGCCAAAAGUCAGCAUUGACCUCAAGCUUCUGAAGAACGUCAUUGCGGCCAAUGGCGGGCAGAUGACAACGCAGGCGCCAACAUCAAGGACAUUUAACAGCGAGAAUAAGUAUUUGAUUUCCUGUCCAGAGGAUGCUUCUAUAUGGCGGCCGUUUGCUCAACAUCGACCUGUAUAUACAACGGAGUUGGUGCUCUCUGGCGCACUGAAACAGGAGGUUGACUGGGAUACUGAUGCUUCCAAGGUUCCGGGUUCUUUCUGA